CGUGUCGAGACUGAGCUACUGCUUCUACAGGCUUUGGAUUCUAACACAAGCGGCUGCUCAACAGGUGGCAAGUAGUGCAUCCCUACUUGACCUUUCCAAGCAUGGGUGUGCCAGCACCUCGACCUCAAGCUGAGACGCUACAGAUGCUCUUCAAUGCAUCUGAGGAGAUAUUUGAGGAGGUAAUUCUCCUCGAUGGAUCCACCGCAUUCGAGGCAUCAGUGUUGGUCACCGAGACACCAUUCACCAACUCAUACACUGUCAAAGGCAAAUGGACAAUCCCUCGUGAUGGCAUCGAACAUCAAGUCGCAGUCAUGAUAAGCCACCGAUGUCCAUCCUUAUCUUGUGUGCAGUGCCGAGUCAAGAACACCAGUGAAUACAGACUGCUUCCUGGUCUCGUCUGGGUGAUCCUGGACAACACAUAUGUCUCAAGCAUUUACAUCCAUGAUAUCAUCACUGGAGACAUCUUCAGCUGUACUCUCAGCAACGACGCUACUGCCAAAGCCAUGCGUCUGGAGGGAUUACUUGAAGGGUGUAAAGAUAUCGAUUUCUUUCAUUUGGUAGUCCUACAUGUAUAAAUUGUAACAAUUUUUAUAAAUUUGCACUUGUACCAUCGAAUUUUAUGAUUAUUGUACAUAGAAACAUCUUGCAUCUCAAAUAACACCGUCACUC